AUAAAAUAAUCAAACUCAAAUUCUUCUCAAAAUCAUGUUUUUGCAUUGGGAUUGAAGGCAACCCAUGCCUUUCAAGAAUCACCGCGGAGAGAGACGAGUGAGUUGAAGGCAAAGUUUUAGAAGUGUUCGCAACAGCGCAUGCUAGAGCCGUUCACGAAACGCCAAAGAGGCAAAGUGCAUUGUCGGUUAAGUAAGUUGAGGCUGAUAAAUUAGAAAAAUGAAUCUUGAAUUCAGUUUUGAAGAUCCACAACUUUUUAUUUCAUUCUAAGCUCAUUUUUGGUGAUCUGGCACAAGACUAGAUUGAUGUGCAAUGCAUAGAUUUUGCAAGGAUCUUCAGACAAGGUCUUUGGAGAAAGCAUUCUGUGGAAAAUAUACUUCAUCAAGGAUUACUCUUCUGGCUCUUCUACUGUGGGUACUAGUCUUCGUUUUAAAUUUGUGCAUUAGCCAUGGAGACAUGGACAAAGAUCCAGGAUCUGGGGAGCAUCAGUUUGGUAGUACUCAAUAUGCGGGUGAAGAUAAACUUGUGUAUGGAAGAGGAAGCCAUUCUGCUUCAUCUGCAGAUGAAAACCCCUCAGAGGGGAUCCUUGAUGCUGAAGAGUUGAUCAGUGUAUCGUUUGAACAAACCGAUGACACCCCCAGUGAACAAACCGAUGACACCCCCAGUGAAUCAGAGAACACAAAGUCAGACAAGGGGAAAUCAGAAGCAAUAACUAAUCUAGAAAAGGAAUUCAAGUCUGAUAGGUUUUCUCAGUCAAUCACUCUAAGUCUUGAUGAGUUCCGAAACAAAGCAGUCAAUACAAAAAUACGAGAUCUAAAUGAUCAGACCGGAAGUGUCGCACAUAGAGUGGAACCGGGAGGAGCAGAGUACAACUAUGCUUCUGCUUCCAAAGGGGCUAAGGUCUUAGCUCACAACAAGGAAGUCAAAGGUGCUUCCAAUAUCUUGAGCAGAGAUAAGGACAAGUACCUUAGAAACCCUUGUUCUGUUGAGGACAAGUAUGUUGUGAUAGAACUAUCAGAAGAAACUUUAGUAGAUAUGAUUGAGAUCGGCAAUUUCGAACACUACUCUUCCAAUCCAAAGGAUUUUGAACUUCUUGGUAGUCCUAUUUAUCCAACUGAUGCAUGGGUCAGUCUCGGCAAUUUUACUGCUGGAAAUGUCAAACAUGCUCAAAGGUUUGUACUUGCAGAACCAAAAUGGGUGAGAUAUGUGAGACUGAAUCUUCUUAGUCAUUAUGGAUCAGAGUUCUACUGUACGUUAAGUGUCCUGGAAGUGUAUGGAGUUGAUGCUGUGGAGAAGAUGCUGGAUGAUCUUAUCUCUGUUCCAGAGAAGAAGUUUGUUUCUGAUCAAACAAACAAUGAGCAGAAACCUAUGCUUGAAGACAGUCAUUUAGAAAUUGACACUGAACUUGAAAACAACUCUGAUACCAUCAAGCCUAUGGCAAUUAUGGCGGUAAAUGUGCCUGAUCCUGUAGAGGAGAUUCGCCAUCCACAACUAAACAGGAUGCCUGGCGAUAGUGUUCUGAAAAUCCUAAUGAAGAAAAUUCAAUCUCUUGAUAUAAACUUAUCUGUCCUUGAGCGGUAUCUAGAAGAACUGAAUUCUAGAUAUGGAAAGACUGUUGCCAUAUUUGACAAAGAUAUAUUAGAGAAAGAAGCCCUCCUCGAAAAGAUCAUAUCAAACAUGAAGAGUUUUUCCAAGAGCCAGGAUGCUGUGAGUAAGGAGGUGAAUGAUCUGUUGUCAUGGAAGUCCAUUGUUUCCAUUCAGCUGGAAAAGAUAAUGAUGGACAAUACUAAUCUCAGGUUGAAGGUGAAAGAGGUUCACCAGAGACAAGUGUAUAUGGAAAGUAAAGGCAUUUUUAUUUUUCUACUUUGUUUAAUGUUUGGGUCCAUAGCAGUUUUGAGGAUCAUUAUAGAUUUUAUUUUGAGCAUUUAUAGACCUGAGAGCUCCAGGAAUUUUUUUGAUAAAGACCAUUCCUGGAUUUUUUUGUUAUUCAGCUGUACCAUCACUAUUAUCAUCCUAUCCUUAUAGAUUACUUCGUAUAUUUUAUUAGUUAUUUCUUUCAGCGUUCUUGUUAUGAAGAUUUUCAUUAAAAG